AAGUAUUUUUAUCUUUUCAGAUUGAAUGCAUGGACAGUGUAGAAACGAUUUUUGGCGUACAAAGUACCACACACCUAACCUUAUUUCAUUCCAAAAACUGAUUUUGGCUAGCUAUACUUUUUUAUUAAAUAUUAGAUUAUAGUGUAAAAUAAUGGCUCACAUCAGUUCGGAUGGUGUCAAGUAUCUCGCCAUCUCUGUUGAUAAUGCUAUGCAAGUUUUUGAAAAAAGCUCUGGAACCACAAUACUGCAAUAUACCAAUGAAAUAGUUAAAGAAAAUAGCAAUGAGAAUGACAACAACAAAGAAACUAGUUGUGGCUUUAUAUGUCAUUGUUUUUCUAAAGAUGGUGAAUAUUUGGCUGCCAUUACAGAAAACAAGAAAGUUUUAGUAUGGAAGAUCAGUGAGAAAAAAUUAAAUUCCUCCUUUUGUUUACCAAAAAGACCAACAUGUUUGGAUUUUUGUCACAAUGAGAACACGAUAGUUGCUGGUGAUAAAUACGGAGACAUUUACAGAUGCAUGUAUAACACUAAAAAUGAAGAGCCCAAACUUCUGCUUGGUCAUUUAUCAAUGGUACUCACUGUGAAAAUGACACAGUCUGACAAAUUUAUAAUUACUGGAGAUAGGGAUGAAAAAAUUCGAGUAAGCUGUUAUCCCAAUGCAUACACCAUACACUUAUACUGCUUAGGUCAUACUAAACUUGUUUCGUGUCUACUGCCAUUUAACGAUGAUAUCCUGUUGUCAGCAUCUGCAGAUUCUACAGUAAAAUGUUGGAAUUUUAAAGAAGGGACUGAAAUAUCAUCACUCGAUAUUGCAAGAACGACUGAAAAGGAGAAGUUUGUUGUGAGUCAAAUAGCACAGCGUGAUGGAGAUGUCUUUGUGAUCGGCGAAUGCUCUCAUCAAUUGGUCCAUUUGACGUUAUCAGAAAACAACCUGACGUAUAAAACAUCGUUUCAUCUUCCUGCUCAACCAUACAGUAUAUGUUUUAGUAGCACUGGUGAAGUUGUUACUCUUCUAAAAGACACAAGUAAACCGUUUUAUAUUCUACAGAAAUACAACGAAGGCUACGUUGAAAAGGAAUCGAGUAUACAUCACGAAGUCAACCUAGAUCAUCUACCAGAACCAAAAUACUAUACACAAUUAGUUAAACCGCUGCGAGGGAAACGACCGAAUGCGGCUAUCACACCUGAAUCAACUAUCAACUUACAAUCCGCAUCGAAAAUUGUAAAAUCUAACCACGAAAAUAUAGUAGAAGAAUGAC